AAGAUCUUUGGUUUGAAUUUCUCUCUGCCCCUCCUGACUGGUGUUGCAGUUUGAAGCCGUCUUUACUUUGUGCUCUUCGAUUCUUAUUUAACUUUUUACGUGGCAACGUUUUUUUUUAAAUAAGUGAGGAAACCUACCUCCUUCCUCACUGGAAUCCUUCUCCUGAAAUCUUUAAUCCAGUGGGCCUAAAUUAUUUUGUGCCUUUAAAGAUUUUAUUUUCGUUUUAUUAUAUUUUCUCUUGGAAAAAUGAGCUGUCUGUCCCCUCCAGACGGGCUGUUGUCGUCGUCUCCCAACAAAGUGAAGGGGCAGAUACAGAUCAUCUUCGGGCCGAUGUUCUCGGGGAAAAGUACAGAACUGAUGCGCCGGGUAAGAAGGUUUCGGGUCGCUCGAUACCAGUGUCUUUUGAUAAAGUACGCAAAAGAUAAUCGGUACGGCAAUGAAGGCUUGGCUACACAUGACAGAUUCACAAUGCAGGCGGUUCCCGCGACAAAGCUGAGCGAAGUUCAUCACGAAGCUUUGAAAUCUGCCGUUAUUGGAAUUGAUGAAGGGCAGUUUUUUCCAGAUUGUGUUGAAUUCUGCGAGGAAAUGGCCAACAACGGGAAGACGGUGAUUGUAGCGGCUCUGGAUGGAACCUUCCAGCGGAAAGCUUUUGGCAACAUUUUGAACCUGGUACCACUGGCAGAGAGCGUGGUGAAGCUGAGCGCUGUUUGCAUGAUUUGUUACCGAGAGGCUGCCUACACCAAGAGGCUGGGAGUCGAAAAGGAGGUCGAGGUGAUUGGAGGCAUGGACAUGUAUCGGGCCACAUGCAGGCGCUGUUAUUUUGCAGAAGGUAACUUGCCCGCCCAGAAGGAUGACAAAGAAAAUGAGGUCUCUUCACGGCCAGUAAAGAACGGACACAUCUUGCCUUCAAAUUGUUCCCCCCUUGGGGACAAGGGCAAAUUGACAAGGAAACUCUUUGAAAAUUUGCAGCCUUCUUCCGCGAUGGCCAGCCACUGUUCCUGAAGUCUGCCUCGGGUGCCACAUUUGCUAUAGCUUGCCCUUUUACCUUCUGAAGUCUGGACGGUGGUGGAGGCUGCUUUAAUUUCUUGGUUUGUUAAUUGCUUCAGCUUCUACGUACUGGCGACGGACUGGGUCCAAAGCUCUCUGUUGCCAAUGCAGCUUAAGCAAGCAGUGAGUAGAGACUCUGAAAAUCACCCUGUUCGCAAAGUAGUUGUGCAACAAGAACUAAUUGUCAGCUUAUUAAUGAGGGAAAAAAUGUGGAUUAAGAAUCGCGUUAAUUAUUAUGCAGACUUCUUUUUCAAAAUGGUCACAUGGGGGGUUUGCAACAAAUAUCGGUGCCAUAAAGUCAUUAAUCAAUCUUCCAGUCAAAAAUGCAUUUGAGGUUCCAUUGUUAGUGUGAUUGUUUUAAUUUAUGGUCGGCAAUUAUCAACACUCGAGACCAUUAAUGAUGCCGCAGAAUAGGGCUGAGAGGAGGAAGAAAACUAUUUUCUAACUGGAGACACUCAUGCUACACACAGUUUGAGAUUUUAUAUUAAAGCUGAAAAUAUUGAAAGCAA